AUGCAACCACCAGCAGGGAUAAGGGAGCUGAACGCAGGCUCCACGGGCAACCUCUACGUCGUACGCAUGGCUCCGUAUCUGGCGGUGAUGCCCUUUGCCCUCAAUUAUUGGAUGGUAAUAUUGCCGUUCAUGCUCGUCUUCUUUAUUGCUUCCUUUUUCGUCUGCACUUCACCGACGCCUUGCUCCGUCCUCGUGAUGGGAAACAGGAGAGGAAUCGAAAAGUACAUGACCGGUCGCCAUGGCUUUAACACCCCUCCCCUUGCUCUCCGUAACACUAAGCACAGUCAACAACACACAUACACACACCCCUCAAACUCUGUCGUUCACACCAAGCAGCUGGUCAUGAUGCCCACUAGCUCCACACAAAACAGCACGACUACUGUCCUAGGGCAGGUCCAUCAGCUGGCCCAUCCAUCCAUCGGCCAAGUGCAGUAG